AUGAUAGCAAACUGUUUUCAUGGUCGAAAUUUUGAUGCUUCAACUCAGAACGAGGCCGAAUUAAUUCCGCAAACAAUGAUUUUUCUUCUUCUUUUUUACAUCGCUUCGCCUCCUUCCAAUGAAGUAGGAUUAACUUAUUUUUGUCGCCGAAUGAAGCAAAAAGAAGACAAAAAGAAAAGGCAAAGCAACAAGUGUCUCAUGAAACUUUAUUUCUUUAGCGAAGUGAGACUAUAA